ACGCACAAGCCUAGCCUUCCUUCCUUCGCCGAAACCUUGCUUCCCCUCCACCUGCCCCCAUCCGCCGUCUCCCCACCCUCCUCCUCGCCCCUUCCCCUUGCUUCUCCGGGAGGGAAGGAACCCACCCGCGACCCGACCGCUGGCGGGCGAGGCCGGCCUCCCACCCUCCGCAAAAGCCACGCGCCACCAACCCCCUCCGCCCCGCGCGUCGCUUUCGCCUUUCUCCGCGCAACCGAAAGGAACCGAGAGGCCCAUAAAAGAGGAGGCGGCGAUGGGCGGCGGCAGCAGAUCGCGCGCGAAGGAGGCCGACGGCGAGUCGGAGGUCCGGCCGGGCGGGAUGUUCGUGCAGCGCAGGGACGGCGAGGAGGGCCCCACCGUCAGGCUCAGGGUGUCCCACGGCCCCGCCCUGCGCGACGUCUUCGUGCCGGCGCAGGCCACCUUCGGUGAACUGAAGAGGAUCCUCACCCAGACUACUGGCCUGGAGCCUGAGAGACAGAGGCUCUUUUUCCGUGGUAAGGAGAAGAGGGACGAUGAAUUCCUGCACGCAUCAGGCGCCAAGGAUGGAGCAAAAUUGCUUCUGCUUGAGAAACAUGUCCCUGCCAAUGUGGAACAGAAGGUCGAGCCAGUGAUGAUGGAUGAGAGCAUGAUGAGGGCUUGUGAGGCUGUUGUUCGUGUCAGAUCUGAAGUUGACAAGCUCUCUGCUAAGGUGUGUGAGUUGGAGAAGAGUGUCCUUGCAGGGAAGAAGGUCGAGGAUAAAGAAUUUGUUGUCUUGACGGAGCUGCUUAUGGUGCAGCUGCUGAAACUCGAUGGCAUAGAGGCAGAGGGAGAAGCAAGGGCACAAAGGAAGGCCGAGGUGCGCCGAGUUCAGAAUCUUGUGGAGACCCUGGACAAGCUGAAGGCAAGGAACGCAAACCCUUUCAGUGAUAGCGCCAAAUCUGUUUCGGUGUCGACCGAGUGGGAGACGUUCGAAAAUGGCAUGGGCAGCUUGACUGCUCCGCCGGCCCGAUUUUCUUCCACACAAAACGACACUGACUGGGAGCAGUUCGACUAGCAUGAGAAUGUGCAUUCUCGAUGUAUUAUUAUGUAACUUGCGACGAAAGCUACUGUGUACAUGUAUGAAGUAUGAUGCCUCUUGCCACUCCACUGCCUGUGAGAUUGUUGCCAGAUGAUGCUGGUGAAUUGCUCUGCAAAAUCGUUAUGCUUUCAAGUUUCA